AUGAAGAUUCUUAGUCAAGAAGAAAAAGAUGCACAUUUGUCUCAUGUUAUAACCGAAGGAGCCAAGGGUUUGAUCUAUGGAGGAGUAUUUUCGCUCGGGAUAUUUUCCUAUAUAAAAUACAAGAGACCUGCUAGAUACCAGACAUUCAGUGCUUCUGUGAAAGCGGCUCUUUUGACUAUGCCAACGAUUGCAAUUGGUGCAUUUUGGGCUGAUCAGGGAUCGUGGGAGUUUGACAAGAUGAUGCACCAAUCUGAUUAUCAACAAGAGCAGAUUUUGAAACAGCAUCGUGAGUAUAACAAUUUACCCUUGCUGGAUAAGAUCAUCACUUCGUUGAAUAACAACAAAUACCCAAUCAUCGUAGCUGCCUGGGCAGGCUCCUUAUACGGAUCUUGGGUAUUGGUGAACAGAGAUAAGAUCAUGACCACCGCUCAAAAAGCGGUUCAAGCAAGAAUGUAUGCUCAGGGGAUAACCAUCAUCUUAUUAUUAGGAACAAUCUUAUUAGCUAUGCGGGAAGAGGAAAUCAACAAAAGUAAGCCAAAGCCUCUUCCAGAGUGGAAACAGAUUAUCUUGGAAAAAGAAGCUGAAAUGAAACAAUUAAAGGAAAAUGGCAAAUAA